AUGGCCCCCGCUGUUGUCUACGGCUCACAGACCGAAGAGGUCCCGACGCUCCUCGACCCUGCCGUGCUGAAGAAGAAUGGCACUGUCGCAACGAAUGGGACGUACGACGUCAAAGAGGACUACGACGGCGACUACCGCUUCGCCCCCAUCGAGGAGGCGCAGGUGUCCCGCGCCAUGAUCAAGCGGUACUUCGCGAUGAUGUACGAGCGCGUGGUCUCGGACGUCGUGAUUAUCGGCGCUGGCAGCGCCGGCCUCUCCUGCGCGUACCACCUCGCGACCGAGCGCCCCGACCUCAAGAUCACGAUUAUCGAGGCCAAUGUCGCACCAGGCGGCGGCGCGUGGCUCGGCGGGCAGCUCAUGACGCCCAUGGUCGUCCGCAAGCCCGCGGACCGCUUCCUGACCACGCUCGGCGUGCCCUUCGAGGACGAGGGCGCGUUCGUCGUCGUCAAGCACGCCGCGCUCUUCACCGCGACCGUCCUCGCGCGCGUGCUCGCGCUCCCGAACGUCGUCCUCUUCAACGCGACCGCCGUCGAGGACCUCGUCGUCCGCCCCGACCCCCUCGCCCCCUCCGCCCAGCGCGUGGCCGGGGUCGUGACGAACUGGACGCUCGUCGCGCUCAACCACGACACGCAGAGCUGCAUGGACCCGAACGUGCUCACCGCGCCGGUCGUCGUCUCCGCCACGGGCCACGACGGUCCCAUGGGCGCGUUCUCCGCGAAGCGGCUCGUCAGCAUGGGCCUCCUCCCCGCGCUCGGCGGCAUGCGCGGGCUCGACAUGCGCCGCGCGGAGCCCGCGAUCGUCAACGCGACGCGCGAGGUCGCCCCGGGGCUCAUCAUGACCGGCAUGGAACUCAGCGAGCACGACGGCGCGAACCGGAUGGGCCCCACGUUCGGCGCGAUGAUGGCGAGCGGGAUCAAGGCCGCGCGCGAGGCCAUGCGCGUGCUGGACGCGGCGGAGAUCGUCGACGGCAAGGUCGUCGGGCUCAAGCAGUGA